AUGGAUUCAGCCCGUGAUCCUGCAAGUGAAUCGACUGCAGAUGUGGAGCGAAUUAUGUCGCUGGGUCCUGUGAGACCGAAAUUAGACUUUCCAAGAACAACGUUUGGCGGGAAAUCGCUACGAUUUCAGGAAAGGUGGUAUUCUUUAUUCGAUUGGCUUGAGUAUUCGGUGGAGAAAGACGCAACGUUUUGUUUCUGUUGCAGAAUAUUUGGGAAUCAAGGUACUAAGUUGUGGCAUAUUAGGAAAGUUGUACAGUAAUUGUUCGCUUGCGAGAUAUAAUAUUUUCUCGGCUUGAUUUGUAUGCUGUAUUUUAAAACUAACUCGUUGUAAGCAAUAAGUCAAGACAGGUUUACAUGAGCGACUCUUUUACGUUCAGAGUUAAGACCACUUAAAAGAUAACAACUAAUAAGGCAUACAAGAGCAUUCGGUUUUAAAUAAAAUCAAAAUUAUCAUCAGCCGAUGAAGGUUAGCUGUUUUGUCGUGCCUGUUGCGUUAUAAUUUGCUGUAUAGGCGUUUUCACUAUAGCGCCUGUUGAACAAUGUUUUUAAUUUAUGUUGUUUUAUGGCACUUAAUUAAAUUAUAUUUGAUUUUGAACUUUAACAAAAUCAAAAUUUGGCUUCCAAAAACCAUUUAAGUGCUCUUAAAAUACAUCACUCAAUUGAUUGUGCUUUUAAUACAUUUCACGUUUCUAUGACGUUUGAUAGACGUUUCUAGGAGAGAAAUGAUAUUUUCUACAUUUAUAAACUUUUCCCAUGAAAACAGCUCAUACUGGGUCAAUUUUUUAUAAAUUUUAAUUUUAGUCAAUGGAUUAAUAUUUGUUUUGGGUUUAUGUACUUUUUAAUGUAACCUUUGGCAUAUGUUUUGCCCAGUAUUCUGUUUUAAGACACACUUUUAUCGUUUAUAGCUAUUCGGUUUUUUAUUUGUUUACAUAACCGCCUGGCAAUUUUUAAGGUCCAGACACAGCGGACGCGAUUCGACAACGCGACGCGAUUUUUUAGUUUUUGAUAGUUAAUAAAACCGAGCCAAUGAGAGCAAAUUUUAAAAGAUAUGUAAACCAAAUAACUCAAAAUGUUAUAGCGCUUCUAAAUAUUUGGAAAUUUUAAACUAGGAUCAAAGUUAUCUGUCAGUGAAAAUCGAAAAGUCGCACCGCGUUGUCGAUUUCAUCCGUUAAGGUCCAUACACACCGAACGCGAUUCGACAACGCGACGCGAAUUUUCAGUUUUCAAAAACAAAUAAAACCGUCAACGGAUAAAAAUUUUACAAGACAUGCAGACAAAAUAGCUAAAAUUGCUUAAGUUGUUCCGAAUAUUUGAAACACAUAGAAAAAUAUUAAAGUUAAAUGCCAUUGAAAAUUGAAAAUUCGCGUCGCGUUGCGACAUCGCGUCCGGUCUGUGUGGGCCUUUAGGCGUUGUAGCACUCAGCAGUUUCACGAGAUUCGCGACCCCCCAACAUCUAGUAAACGAAGUGGUUAUUCGUACUGGAACAGUACGCCGAGUUUGAUUUGCUAUUCAUACUGCAGUCGAAAUAUUUAAGAUAAACAGACCCCCAACCCCUUCUCUAAGCCUAAUCUAACCAAUAAAUGUCUAAUAAACUAUUUGCGAGCUCCAGUUAAAGGAGGGAAAGAAAUUAAAAAUAUUUUAAGAAAAGUUUCUAAAUCAAACAGAAAACCGACGGCCAAACAGUCAGUAUGAACAUCUUGUUUUCCAGUGGGUUGUUCAGGAACUGUGUUCGUAAAGCAAGGCUUUAGAAAUUGGAAAAAAGCAGUUGGAAACGAAGGAAAGUUAGAAAAACAUAGCAAGUCAAGGAUGCAUCAGUUAAGUAGAGAAAGAGCCAUCUGUAGAAAAACAUACGUGCCAAUCAAUGCUCAGCUUUCUGCUGUAGCGGCUGAAGACUUAUCCAGAAGACAACAAGAAAAAAAAGAAAAUAGAGAAGUAGCCGAAGUUAUAUUUGAUGUCGUUCGUCACAUCAUUCUUCAAAACGAAGCUUUUGGGGGCCAUGAUGAAAAAGAUUCAUCCUUAAACCAAGGAAAAUUCCUAGCUGAAAUCAAGUUUCUUGCAAAGUAUCAUCCUCCGCUGCAAAAAUGGCUUGAUACAUAUCCUGGAAAUGUUUUGUGGCUCAGUCCCGAUAUUCAAAACGAAAUGAUCGAAAUUUUAGCAAAUCACAUUUUGGAUAUUAUAAAGAUGCAAGUUAAGGAAAGCAAGUACUACUCGGUUGAAUGCGACGAAGUAACCAGUCAUAAGCACUCAUAUAUGUCAAUUGUGUUGCGUUAUGUGUUUAACAACAUCAUUUAUGAACGCAUGAUCGGGCUCAAGGAAGUAGUUAGUUUGACAGGCAAAUCGUUAUGGGGUGUAUUAGUUCAAGAACUGGGCAAGUUACAAAUACCACUCUGUAACAUGGUUGGGAAAGGUUUCGACGGCGCUAGUAAUAUGUCGGGAAAAGAAAAAGGCAUGCAGCAGCAACUAACUGAUGCUGGAGCAACUCUUUUCUUAUACUUCCACUGUUUUGCCCACUGUCUGAAUUUAGUUCUUGAAAAGUGCGCUGAAACCUUGCAGCCUGUGAAAGAUGUUUUUUCGACGAUUGGGGCAAUCUACAAGGUUAUGGAAGGGUCACCACAACGAAACGCCGUUUAUGAAAGAAAGCUAGAAUUAUUUUCCAUUAAAGAUGGAAGAACUGCUCUUCGUGCCUUUUCUGACACUCGUUGGACGGCUAAGGAGGACAAUCUUAAUGCUACGAUAAACACUUUACCAUGCAGCAUCGAUUGCCACUCUAGAAGAGCUUGA